UUCGGGGAUUAAAUGGAAGCACAUGAUGGUUCAACCCCGUGAUUUGGGUAGAGAGCUGCCUCAUGGACUCAGUCACUUCCUCUCCUCCUCUCCUCCUCCUCCUCCUCUCCCUGCGUCGCCUCUCCUCGUCCCCGCAGCGCGUCCAGGUCUCUCCGGCUCCGCCAUGGCCUCCCCGCGGCUGGAGACGUUCUGCUGCCCGAACAGGGACGCGGCCACGGAGCUGGUGGUGACUUUCCAGCCGGAGCUGUUCGCGGGCCUGAGCCUGGCCAGCGCGGCUCUCAGCCUCGCCUUCGCGCUGCUGCAGAUCCUGCCCAAGCGCAAGGGCUACCGGCGGCUGGGCCAGUACCCGCUGCCGCGGCCCGCGUCCUCCUCCAGGAUCCUCUUCAUCAUCAGCGUGUGCGACAUCCUGGGAUGUGCAGGUAUCAUCGUCAGGUCAUCUAUCUGGCUGGGCCUGCCGGACGUGGUGGCCGGCAUCUCGGUGGCCAACAACACGGACGUGGUGCCGGAGGUGUUCUGCGUGGGCAGUGCGAUGUGGAUCCAGCUGUUUUUCAGCGCCUCUUUCUGGUGGACCUUCUGUUACGCGGUGGACGUCUUCCUGGUGGUGAAGACCUCUGCGGGGAUCAGCACCAUUGUCCUCUACCACAUGAUCACAUGGGGUCUGGCGGUGCUGCUGUGCGUCGAAGGAGUGGCCAUGCUCUACUACCCCUCCAUAUCCGACUGCGAGCAGGGCCUCCAGCACGCCAUCCCUCACUACGUCACCACAUACGCGCCCAUGCUGCUGGUGCUCACAGCCAACCCCGUGUUCUUCAGCCGGACCAUCUCUGCAGUGACGUCUCUGCUGAAAGGACGGCAGGGAAUCUACACGGAGAACGAGAGACGGCUGGCCAACGAGAUAAAGAUACGCUUCUUUAAGAUAAUGCUGGUGUUCUUUGUUUGCUGGGCGCCAAACAUCAUCAACGAGGGGCUCCUCUUCUACCUGGAGAUGCAGCCGGACAUCAGCGACGGCAGACUCAGGGACGUCAGGAACGCCGCCCUCACGACGUGGUUCAUCAUGGGCAUCCUGAACCCCAUGCAGGCCCUGCUCAACACGCUGGCCUUCCACGGCUGGACCGGCCUGGACGUGGACUGCAGCCUGCAGCGCGGCCGCGAGCUGCCCUGGGACUCGGGCUCCACGUCGGUGCCCAACGCCGCCAGCCCCAACCCGGUGGUGGGCACCACGCUGCUGUACCAGAGCCACGUGCAGGAGGCCCAGAAGAGCCUGAUGGGCAACGGCCAGCCGCACUCCGACGCCAUCAGUGUCCUCUCAGAAGGUUCAGAGUCUAGUACAGUUGAAAUCCACAUUUCCGGCGAGCUCCGAGACUUUGAGGAUGUAGACGCUGACGGAGAAUCCUUGGAGAACUCCGUGAGGCGCUAGAAGUGCGCUCGCCGCCGGCCGCCGCCGAACCCUGUCCACCGUAGUCCACGCUUGAAGUUUCUGUAGCUGUGAGCCUUUUUUUAUUUAACCUUUUCCCCCCCCCAAAACAUUUUUGCAAGUUCAGCAUCAGAUCCACGAGCCGAAGAUCCCAAAGGUCCAUCAGGACUUUUUCUUCUGGCUAAUUCUCAAAAAUUGGACAUGAAAUUGCACCUUUUGACCUCGACGUCCCGGGACUUCACUGAUCCAAUAAGCUGCUCCAUGUAUUUGUUCUGUUUAAAUUAUAUUACAGCUGGUUCCUCUUGUAUUGUUGCAUUCGUCUGUUUCCUUUCUUUCCUAAAUCAGAUGUACCGUGUGAUGCUGAGAGAGAAAAACACACAAAAGACACGGAUGUUUUCUGAUAUCAAAAUAGAGUAAUUUAUUUGAGACACUGAAUGACUUCAAAGUGUUGUCUUGGAAACGGGCGAUGGCACCCUGGACCAGGGCCGUCCCCCUAUUGGGUUCCUUAAGAUGCCGAUCACGACCACCGACCCACAGCCCAAUUCUCAGUCUGACACAGACAAUAAUGGCUCUCGGAGAAAAUAACAAAACAAAAGAAAAAAAGGGGAGGAACGAAAACGUGGGGAAGGAACGCAAGACCCAUUAAAGUCCAAAUCAUCCAGGUCAUUAGAGAGAAACGACAAAAAAAAAAAAAAAAAAAAAACUGGACCUUCGCUCACAACAGAACCUGAACAUUUUGCAGAACCGAUACAGAAAGUGCACUUCUUCAUGUCGUCGUGGCAGAAACCGGAGGGUGAACGGGACCCGGAGAGAAAGGUGAAGGUUUGGGGGGGUUCUGCUUCCUUUAGAUCCCAUGAAGCAGAAACGGGGAACCGUCCCGCCGACUGAUCCAUGACCCGGUACUACGAAGCAGGUUCGACCUAUCAGGGUGUCUCUCGAUCAUCCGACCCCCACCCACCCAAUUCUGGACACGUGCAGCGUUUGUGUAGAAAUACUGGACGACGUCUCAAACACGGAUGUGAAACUGCACAUUUCUGAUAAAAAAGGAACUAUAGUAAGAGAUUUAACGUCUGCAGAAGCUGAGUGAACGUCUGACGACGACUGCUGCGAUAUUACUCAACGAGCUGCACAUCCGGAGGUUACAAAUGUGUAUUUCUAUUAAAAUUAGUACUUGAGAAAGUUUCAGCCCUAUUCUGUCUUUGUUAAACACAAAAUAAAGGAACAUA